AUGAAUAGCGCAACAGCCCCAAAUUUUCCCUUCGCGCGUGUCAAAGCUGUAGAACCCCCUUCCGAGUUUUUUGAGCUUCGAUCUACAUGCCCUAUCAGCCGCGUGAAGCUUUGGGACAAAAGCGAGCCGUGGCUUGUCGUCAAACACGAGGAUAUAUGCAAUGUUCUAUCCGACACCAGGCUUUCAAAAGAGCGUCAGCGCCCGGGGUUUCCCGAGAUGACACCGGGCGGCAAGGCUGCUGCGAAAAAUAGGCCUACGUUUGUGGAUAUGGAUCCCCCUGAUCAUAUGUGCCAAAGGAACAUGGUUUCCGAGGCCUUUGAUAAAGUCCACCUCAGCCACUUGAAGCCGUUCAUUAGAAAGACAGUGAAUGCUUUUAUUGAUAACUUGAUGAAGAUAGGCUGUGAAACGCCUGUGAAUUUGGUUGAACACUUUUCUUCACCAAUCCCCUUGCUGGUGAUUUGCCAUAUCCUCGGGAUUCCAGCCGAAGAUAUCGCAUACCUCACUGAAAUGAACGCUGUUCGCACCAAUGGUAGCUCCACAGCAGCUGCAGCACAGGAUGCAAAUCGAGAUAUCUUAGGCUAUCUGGAAAAGUUGCUAGACAAGCGAAGCGAAGAUCUUAAGGACGAUAUCAUCAGUACGCUUAUCGUUGAACAACUGAACCCCGGGCAUAUUGAGAAACUAGACGUUAUUCAGAUUGCUUUCCUGUUGCUCGUCGCUGGAAACGCAACAACGGCCAAUAUGAUCAAUCUGGGCGUCGUGACCCUCCUCGAAAACCCCGCCCAGCUGGAAGAUCUUAAACAGAAUCCAUCACUUGCGCCGGCAUUCGUUGAAGAGCUCUGUCGGUAUCAUACUGCCUCGGCAUUUGCGACCCGGCGUGUGGCCAAGGUUGACAUUACCCUUAGGGGACAGACCAUUAAAGCAGGCGAGGGUAUUAUUGCCUCGAAUCAGUCUGCGAAUCGCGAUGAAGAUGUCUUUCCAGACCCCGAUAAAUUUAACCUGCACCGAAAGGUUGACCCAGCAAAGAACCUCGCAUUCGGCUUUGGAGACCAUCGCUGCAUCGCCGAGGCGCUUGCUCGGGCUGAAUUGGAAACUGUUUUUGAUUCUCUUUUCCAGAAGCUACCCAAUCUCAGACUCGCUAUCAAUCACCAUGAGAUUAAAUACUCCGAUCCGUAUCGAGAUGUUGGAAUUGUCGAGUUGCCGGUCAUUUGGUGA